CAUACAAGUCACUAAUUUAAUUGAUAUACAGAGCAGGAAAAGUUUAUAAAAUUAAAGUUUAAGCUGCUGAAAAAGUCAAAAAAUCAGUUUUCGAGUAGCUAAUUAAAUUAUUAUGCAUUUAUUGAUUGCAUAAAGAUAUUUUGUAUUACUUUCUCACGGAUGUUGAAAUUAAAUCAUUUGAACUUCCUUCAACUUGAGACUUACAAGGUCGUUCUAAAUUGGUCAAGGACGUUUGCAAACUUAUGAGACAAACAAAAGAAGACAUGAAAAUUAAACUGAUACUGAAAGUUAUUAUUGUCUCAUUUAGCGCUAUAUUUUACUCUUCUUGACAUAAGAAAAUUCAUAAAUAUAGAAGAAAAAUGUUUAGAAUAUUCAAUAAAAUAUUUCCAAGACAUUUCCGCGAAAUUUCAAAGUUAAGAAAGAGAUAUUAUUACAAUGAUCAGGAUAGACUUAAUUAUCUCUUGGACAACUUACGAGAUAAAAAACAUGAUUUGAUGACACAACAGGAGAUUCUUGGAGUUUUAGUGAAAAAGAUUGAGAAUGAUCGGCAUGUGAUGGAUUUCAUAACAACAAAUGAAACCAUCAAAUUGCUUCUUGAACCGGAAAGAGACUUAAUGGAGCCAUGCAAGGAAAUUGAAGAAAAUUGUCGAUUAGGUUUAGCUCUUCUUGGCUAUACACGACCAUUGAAUACAGAGUAUCUCAGAGUUUUAUCAGUUGAUGGUGGAGGAAUUCGUGGGAUUGUCGUCAUCGAACUUAUAAAACGUUUAGAAGAAAUAACAAACAAAAAACUUUUCCAGCUUUUUGAUUUUAUUUGUGGAGUCUCUACUGGUUCCAUAUUUAUUUGUGGUCUAGUCGCUGAACCAAGAACUUUAAUGGAAGGAAAAGAUCUUUACAAAGAAGUUGCCCGGAAAGUCUUCGAAGUUUCGUCCACUUUAAAUGUAAUUUCAAGUACUUCACGCCUUAUGUGGUCUCAUGCUUAUUAUGACGUCGCAUUAUGGGAGAAACUUUUACAAGAAUACAUGACGAAUACUCGAAUUAUUGAUACAGCAAAGUUUGACUAUGCUCCAAAGUUUUGUUGUGUUUCAACGACUGUUUCAGAAAGGGCUAUUGAUGCUCAUGUUUUCAGGAAUUAUGUGCUUCCUUACAACGUUGAAUCGAUUUAUCCAGGAAGUCACAAUGCAGCAUUAUGGGAGGUUUGUCGAUGUUCUUCAGCAGCCCCAACAUUUUUCGGCGAUUUCGUUCUCGACAAUAUUGUGCAUCAAGACGGUGGAAUUCUUUAUAAUAAUCCAUCUUGUGUUGCAAUUCAUGAAGCAAAACUUCUCUGGCCCGAUCAAAAGGUUUGCUUGGUCUCAAUGGGAACUGGAAGGUCAAUUAAUAAAAAGAAAAUGGAUAGUCAAAAGCUUUAUAGUCCUCGACAAGUCUCAAAGUUGUUUAGCAAUGAAACUCCACAAACAAGCAGUUGGAAAAUGAAAUUCUCAAGAAUUCUUGAUGCAGCUACCGACACUGAACAAACUCAUCACAUUCUCAGCGACUUAAUGACACCUGGGACAUAUUUUAGAUUUAAUCCUUAUUUAACUGAAAUGAUAUCAAUGACCGAAUGUGACGCUGCAAAACUUGCCCAAGUUGAGAAAGAUGCUUUCCUUUACUUCCGUAGAAAUGAGGAAAAAUUUGAGGAACUUGCUGAAAUUCUAUUAAAGCCAAGAAAACCUUUAACUUUAGUCAGUGAUAUGUUUAAAGGACGAUUGUGGUAAUAAAAAUUAUUUAACAGAAAACUAGUCGAAUAAAUACCAAAGUCCAAACUUUUCAUGAAA